GACCUCCCCCCUCUCCACCGAGGACGCAGCCAUGCCGCGCUGUGACGCUCCGCAGCCGGGCUCCUGCUCCUGCUCCUGCUGCUCCUGCUCCUGCUGCUGCUGCUGGCGCCUCGCCUCGUCCGUCUUCAGCGCCUCGCGCUCAGGGGAACUGCCGUGAGAUGUCCUCGCGCCGCUCACCGGCACCUGGCUGCGAAAGAGAAGCGCGCGGAAAGCGGGGCCAACCAGCCCGCACAUCAUGACUUCAUAGGUUCUGCUUUGAAACGACACUUAAUUACACCGACCGGUGCUGGGGACGAACGUGGACGCGAGAGGACCCGGCUCCUGGGUACUGCUGAAAGAACCCGUGACUCAAACAGGUUGUUCGGAUAUUCUUCAGUCUAAAAAAGGGGCCUUCGGAGCACGGCCGGAUGCUAUCCCCCCGGUGGUGACGUCGAAAGGUAGAAUUUGGUUGGAUGGAGAGCUGGUCGAAUGUCAGCGGGAACUAUCGUUAUAACCGGAGGAAUUCUUGCCGGGGUGAUACUGCUGUGCAUUGUAGCAGUUCUCUGUUACUGUAGACUCCAGUAUUACUGCUGUAAGAAAAAUGAGUCUGAGGCGGACGUGGGCUCGGUGGCAGGAGCAGAUCCUCUGUCUCACUUCCCCUGCAACGCGUGCAACGCCCUCGCCAUGGACGGGACCGACAUCACCCCGGUCUCCCUGGAUCAGCUGGACUCAGGUUCUCACCACAACACCUGCCCCACGUGUUCGCCAUACCCCAUCCGCUCUGGACUCGCGGACGACAUGCGUAACGGAGGGGAGCGUCUGGGCUUCCACACCUACUACGAAAACCCGUCUGCCUCUCUUCCCCUGCCCGUCGACCCCCAGAGUUCCUCCCCUUUGAGCUUCUACAACCCCACAGACGUUUUCCCUCCCCCGCCGCGCCCUUACAGCACCGACGUCUGACUCUCUCCUCACUGGAAACUUCUCCACACACAAAGAGCAACACACCGAACUAACACUUGGCCUUGUAGGAUUAAAAUCGGGUUGUUUCUUAAAACGCAGCACAAUUACACCUAGCAUCAUUGCACAUUCUGACUUUAGUCACAGUCACCCACAAAAUCAGCCCACUGACAGGGCUCCUGUGGGCAGCAAAUCCUUGCAGCAGCCCACAAACGCUACAGCAGGGAGAUAAUUUCCUCUCCAGUAAAUGGCACAGAAGUCUAGCACAGCUACAGCUUGUGUUGGCCAGGGCUACAUGUUACUGGAGGUGUGACGUAAAAGCAUUCAAGCCACACCUAAAUUGAUCACAAAAACGUCAUUUUUCUCUGAAUAAUUAAGUAAGUUUCAAAUAAAUUUUUUUUUAUUUAUUUUGUAAAAAUGCACUAAACAACAUAGACCUUCCUGAAAACUAAAACACACAUUUUCUCCUCUGGCACCACCUCAUGAUGUUUCCAACUAACCCAUCAAAUUAGAUUAUUAAAGUACACUUCAACAUGGCUUUAAAACCGUCGGUCGGUCACUUUUUUUGCUGCAACCGGUCGCAAUGGGCUGCAGGCCCCAGGGAUAUAUUUGUAUAAUGCUACGACGGAUAAAAACGUGCUUCCACUGCCACCAGAGUUAUACGAGUACAUCCUUCAUUGGUAGAGGUGCACCGAUAAGGGGGGGACACAUUUGUGCUUUAUGAAGAGAUCUGAUGCGUGUGCCGCUCUUUGAAUCUGAAAAUAAAAGCGUCGAACAGUCGAGGAAAUUCCUUUCUCUGUUCAAGCCUAAACGAGGAAUGGAUAUUUUCUCCUCUGGUAUCAGCAUGAAAUCUCAUGUGAGCUGAGAGUUAAAGUCCGAUCAGCAACGGAGAACCUUUGGGGCCCCGUGAUCGGUCUUUGUUCAUGUUCACGCAACGGACUUGCCUCCACAUCCCCUCUUCAGUUCAGUUUCUGUUCUAACUGAGACAUUCAAAGGCACGUGUGAACCCCACCCUCCAUUCCCCUCCGGCUUACGGUACAUGAGGGCUAACAGUUUUUCUAUCAGCAGGGGUUGUUUGCCGGUAAUAGAAACUUCUAAUGGUUGUUUUGUCCAGAGAUGAAACGGGGAAGGCGAGGGGGAGUUUUUUUUUUGUUGUUGUUUUUUUCUUUAUGCGACCGUCUGCAUCUCGCAGUUUCAGUCAGCUAGGAAAGUAUCACAUGUGUCUUAGUUGUGAUCUCUUUUCUGGUAAAGUGAAAGGAGCUAUUAAAGCGGGGGUGUUCGUUUCACCGUGUCUGCAGUAUAAGUCGGUGUUGUGGGCAUUUCUUUUGCAAAUUCAGACAAAAGUAAAGAGAAAAUCAUUGGACUUUUAAACAUGAAAAAGAGGGGGGGGGCAUAAACUAAGAUUAUGUAAUAUGUUUUAGUGAUUUUAAAGCCACGCUGUGUGCCACGGAGGUGCAUUGUUAUUACACAGCAUGUGCCUGGAUUGAAAUAUUUCUGUGAAACUUUACGUGAAAAUUUGUGUUUUCUUAUUUCUUACGCUUCUUUUCUGAAAGGGAAAUGCAGUUCUGUAAUUAGGAACAAGAAAUAUAUAUUAACAGGUGGGAUUUUACACUAAAGAUAUUCCUAAAUCAUGAUAAAACUUGUGUUCAGAGAGACAGAAAUGUUAUUGUCAAGUUUUAUUAAAGUAGUGGUGUUUUGUUACAAUAGAGUUCCUAGCAGAAGUAUUCACACCCCUUUACCCUUUUCCCAUUUUGUCACAUUGCAGUCACAAACUUGACUGUGAUUGUGGGGGUUGCGUGCACUGACACAACCUGACAAAGGCAAGGUAUUGCAUAGUUGUGAAGUGAAAUAAAUGCUUUUGCAAUCUGAAAUGUUUUGUUUUACAGCUAAAAUCUGAGAAGUGUUUGUAAAGAAAGACUCUACAAAGUUUGCAAGUCUGGAGAUGGUUUGUUUUGCCCAUUUUCUAUUGCAUAAUAGGUUAUCCUCUUUCAGAUUAGGCACGCUCGAUAACAUCAACUCUCAAGCACUCCCACAGAUUCCCAAUUGGACUUUGACUGGGCCAUUCUAAUUAGGCAAUAUGCUUUCAUCUAAACUACUCCCUUGGCUCUGGCUGUGUGGUUAGGGCUUUUUUUCCUGCUGGAAGGUGAACCUCCGCUCCAAUCUCAAGUAUUUUACAGCCUCUGAAAAAGUUUUCUUCCUGGCUUGCCUUGUAUUUAACACUAUUCAUAUUCAACUUUGAAUAACAUCCCUUUCCUUGCAGGAAAAAAAGGUAUGCCAACAACUUGAUGCUGCUAUCACCGUGUUUCACUGUAAGGUCUCUGCCGCACAUAACAUGUUCUGUUUGCUUUCUAUCCACAACCCCUUCUUCCAGACUUCCUACAUGGCUUGUGGCAAGACCAGCCGGAUUUAUCCUGAGAUACCACCAGAUACGGCCAUUUAGGGGACAUUUGAAUUUGAACAUUUGAUUUGAGGGAAGCAGAGUAAAGGGGACUGAAUUUCACAUCAGCGCCAAACUUCAGAUUUUUCUUUGUAAUUUUUCUAUAUUGUGUCAUUUUCUUCCAACUUCACAAUUCAACAUUACUUUCUAGUCUGUUUUCAAUAAAACACAUUGGUAUUUUUGCUUGCAAUGCGACAAAAUGCGAAAUAUCUCCAAGUGUAUGGAUACUUCUGCAAGGCGCUGCUCUGUCAUUACAUCCCAUUGUUGAUUCAGAGCUUUAUCACAUCUUUCACCGAUCAAUGUUUUGAUCAGAAGUAUGUGCCACGUCAAAUCAAUAUAUACAAUAAAUCACAGUUUUUUUUUUUUAUUUGCUGUUUCAAAUGAGCUUUUGUGUUUCCAUGAUAUUCUGAAUGUUAUCCCCAUUCUCUGUUAGAACAAGCCCUGUGCUUUUUGUUGUUUGGUUUGGUUUCACUUUUAAGAUUGCUUUUCUUUCUUUCAACUGUAUUGAUGGAUUAUCUUCUGGUGCACGCUGUUAGAGUGAGAAUAUCCACCACGCCCCACCUGUUUCCCACCUUUUUUAUUGUUUUGAGCAGAAAAUAAAUGUUUAAAUGUCU